AUGAGGUCCUCCUCGAUAUCUUACGCGUUCGCCCUCGCGUUACUGGGCGUCCCCUCUCUUGCUCUUGAGAAUUACGUGAACGAAUUCAUUGACCCAUCCUACAUCCUUUCUGGCGACUUCGCAAAUGCCACAACUUUCGCCCAACAGAGUAUCGUGGAGUGGGCGGACGCUCUCGCCGCGCAGGGCCCGUGGUCUGUGAUUACUUCCAAACCCGAUGGGUUCAACGCCCCGUCAAACGACAGUCACGACUAUGUAUCGUGGGCUCCUUAUUGGUGGCCGGACUGCAGCAAAGCGGGAAACAAGACGGAGCUUACCCCGCAACAAACCUGGGUAACCUGCCCCUACGUGAACCGAGAUGGACAAUUUAACCCGGAUCGCCUUGAAAUUAACAAUACUGGCGCUUUCUCUGCUCUUUCGGACGCAGUUUUGUACAACACCCUUGCAUGGCGGAUCAAUGGAUCCUCUACGUAUUCCUCAAACGUCGCCAGCUGGAUCAAGACGUGGUUCCUGGAUCCCGCUACCGCCAUGAACCCCAACCUCAACUUCGCACAAGUCAUCCGCGGACCGGGUGCUUACUAUGGCGCUCAUACCGGUGUCCUCGAUCUGAAGUGCAUGGCUAAGGUUGCGACGGGCAUCCUGACUCUGCGUCAAGGGAAGAGCCCUGAUUGGACCGAUGAGCUGGACGCGCAGAUGAAGAACUGGACUCAAACGUACAUUCAGUGGAUGGAAACGAGUCCCAUAGCUCUCGGAGAGGGUUGGUCACUCAACAACCACGGCUCCUUCUACUUCAACCAACUCGCAUCGCUCUAUCUCAUCCUCGACGAGCCUGAGCGCGCUAAGAACGUCUCGCAGUCGUUCUUCGAGGGUAUCUACCAGAAUCAGAUCAUCGCGUCUGGGGAUCAGCCAUUGGAGGCGGAAAGAACCCAUCCAUACCAUUACCGGGGUUACAAUCUGGCUGCUAUCAUUACAAACGCCAGGCUCUUGCAUUACGCCGGCGGAGCCGAUGCUUACAAUAUCACCGCCAAGUCCGGCGCGGGCAUCAAGCAAGCUCUUGACUUCGCCAUUGCCCAAAACGCCGGCGAAGAGCCUCUUGGCGAGAUUCAUCCGUAUGUGGCGUUUGUCGCUUCGACGUACGGGGACCCGGACGGUCGCUAUGCCAAGUUCUUGGAGAGCCAGAACGCGCAGUAUCCCGAGGAGCCGUACUUCUUCUGGAACCAGCCUCUCGGCGACUCUGGCUUUUCUCAGACGCACGCUAUCCCUACUCCUUCUCAAUCGGCGAACUCUUCAUCAGCUUCUAAGACUCCAGCUUCCUUCCACAGCGGCACGGCGAUCAACCAGCAGCCGACGGUACUCGCUGUGCUCGCAAGUCUUCUUCUUGCAGCGCUCUUCUCAUGA